AUGUUCUGGUUCUCAUCCCACCAACAACAACAGCAACAACAGACUCCUCUCCUCCCACCCCUACCCACUUCGAAAUCCAAAAUCCGUAGAACCCUCAAAGCCCCCGGCCGUCCCAUCGCCAUCCGCAAAGACCAAAUCACCGACACCAAAACCCUUCUAAUCGUGCGUCCCCAAGGCGACGCCCAAUCCGCCGUGGCAUACAAAAUCCAAGAUGCCGACGGCAUAACGCUCUACACCGCUACGGGGCGCAAAUUCAGCGACCGACCCUGUCGCGAGUUUCGUGAUGCCUCGGGACUUCCGCUCUUUGAACUACACCGCAAGACCUCUUUCAAGAACAACUGGUCCGUCACCUUACCCGGCAGCAACCCAGCCAGUCCGAUAGCCAAAGGUGCUCUGCAGCGCUCAUCCUUCAGCGCCGCUGGCUGGGGGAACUGCAACUUCACCAUCACAUUCGACAAUGUAGCUGCGGCGGACGGGAAGCAGCCUGAGGAGCGUACCCUGACGUUGGAGGUACAACGGCAUGGGAAUGUGUUGGCGCUGUUUGAUAUCGUGGAUGGGGAUCGUAAGAUCGCUGAGGUGAAGGAGAGUAUUCGCCAUAAUGAGAAGUUGGCGCUUAUGCCUGCGUCUCGGCUUGGGUAUCGCCCUGUUCUGGAUGUCAUUGUUACUCCCGGGGUAGAUAUGGCUUUGAUUGCAACGAUUGCGGUCAUCGCAUCAGACACAGUGUUUGCUUCGAAUUAUUGA